GCAGUAGCAGGACAGACUCAGUCAUGGCCUUUGAGACCAGAUGGUGAAAAUGCCAGUGCCGGGUCAUUUUAAAGAAGGUGCUCCGAGAUUCUAUAACACAGGACCCUGCUCUGGGCCAUCAGGAGAGGCUUGAGGAUGGGUAGGACUGAGGAGUGGAAGGGAGGUACCUUUAGCACCAGCACCUGCUAAACAGUGUUGGUGUUCUCCCACCUGCCAUCCUCCAGCCAGGGACCCAAGCUGGUGCUACUCUCUUCGCUCUUAUCCGGGCAUCUUUCCUGACUGGCUUCAAAAGGCACUGUUUUGUGCAGGUUACUUUGACACCAAGAUGUCUAAGUCCAAAGUCUAGCUUGACAUUCAAGGCCUGCCAUACUCUUAUUUUCAGUCUCCCUUUUCAGCAUCAACCCAGCGAAGGGGCUGCUGACCUGGUUUUCUGCCCCUUCACCUCUAAGGAUUGAGAUAUGUUCCCCUUAGAAGCACUGGCUCCCUGUGGUAGCCAUUAGCAGAGAAGGGAGAGUAGUUGCCAAUGGCAAAUAAUCUAAAAAUGUUUCUCCUUCAAGUCACUUAAUAGAAUUCUGCUUCCUCUCCCCAGUGAGAAUUAGUUCAUGUUGCAAAGGGUUGCUGGCUUAUUGAGCAGUAGGUCACAAGGUCAUAUCCCACUGGAGAGACUGAAAUGUUAAUAAGGCCUAAAGGGUGGGUGGCAUUUGGCCCCACCAGUACAUGGUCAGUGGCAUCUUGGGCUAGCAGGGCACAACUGUCAGGCCUCUCCCAGCUCUGCAUUUUACCAACAGAUCCAGCCUUGGGCAUAUUAAUGCCCAUUUCCUCACCUAUAAAACUGCCAUCGUGAUAGUCUCUCUCUCAUGGCAUUAUCAUGGCAAGUUAAACAUCUUUUGAAUUAGGUUAGGGGCCUUGUCUCUAGAGUCAAAGUGAGUUAUUUACAAUUACCCCCACCCCACCUAAGAAAGUGUAUUCUGUAUCCUAGGGAGCUUAAAUGGACAUCUGACACCACACAGCCCCUCUGACUUAGCUCAUGGCCCUGCCUGCCCUGCCGGCCCUGCCUAGUAGGACAGCCUAGUAGGACAAUGGCAGGUGGGUCCUGCACCGUGGCCCAGCGGGGGCAGCAGCAUCUUGCUCAGCCAUGCCUCUUCUCUGUUCUGUGGCAGCUUCCUCUUCUUUGCUGUGCCCAGCGGAUGUUUGCCUCACAGACUGAGGGGGAGCUCAAAGUAACCCAAAUUCUCAAAGAAAACUUUCCUCAAGCUACAGCUAUCAAAGUCACCGACAUUUCAGGAGGCUGUGGUGCAAUGUAUGAAAUCCACAUCGAGUCAGAAGAAUUUAAGGAGAAGAGGACUGUCCAGCAGCACCAGAUGGUAAAUCAGGCACUAAAAGAAGAAAUCAAAGGAAUGCAUGGAUUGCGGAUAUUUACCUCUGUCCCCAAACACUGACCACGUCCCAGCUGCAUAGAUGCUGCUGCUUAAAACCUCAGAUGACCUUGACCAUUCUUUCCUAGGCAUUUGCCAAAAAAUUUAUCUAUUUUGUUCAUAGACAUUUCCAUAUUAUAAUUAUAGAAGAAUAUGUUAUCUAUUUAGAUGUUAAUUAAAGGCAACAGACAACUGA